AUGGAGGAGGAGCCGGUAUCCUCCACCUGGCCUCUGCUGCCUCUGUUCUGGCAGAACUUCACACCCGAGAACACCGCGCGCAUCGCCGACCUGAGAAAGGAGAAAGCCGACCAAGAAGGACACAGCGACCCGUCCAAAGUCCGCAUCGAGAAUCUGCCCCGAGAGCUGCGCUGUCUGCAGCCGCCGCAAGAGCCCGAGGACGGAGAAUGGCGCGUCUUCGGCAACAAGUACACCCUGGUGGACGAGCUGCCGAAGCUCGAGGACAUGGGCAUCCAGCGCCUGUUCCCGAACCCCGAGGAGAGGGACCAGGACGGGAAGCACUUCGACCGCGCGACCAUCCUCAAACGGUCGGCGAAGUCGCUGCUGCUCAACUUCUUGGAGCUCACCGGGCUGCUGGCUACGAACCCUGAGGCUGCCGAGGAGAAGAUCACCGAUAUUAGGGAUAUCCUCAUCAACUUCCACCACCUGAUCAACGAGUACCGCCCCCACCAGGCGCGCGAGUCGCUCAUCUCGAUGAUGCAGGCACAGCUCGACCGCACGCGCGCCGAGACUAACGCCAUCCGCGAUGCCAAGGACAAGGCCGAGCGCAUCCUGGAGGGUCUGGGCAGCCUGAAGAUCGAGGACGUGGCCAGUGAGGCGGUGCCCGAGGGGAAGGAUGUCUGGCGCGACGACCGCGAGGCUUGGGACGCGCUUGUCGGGGAAUCUACGUCGUGA